UGAAGGUGUCCAGUCCAGUGUGGUUAUGUAGCAGAUUACCAAACACGUUUCAUAAAUCGAAAUAUUUAUCAAAGGAGCCACGAACGGCAUAGCCAGAAGCAGAUUGUGGUCUUGGUAGGUGUGCACGGCCUUGUUGUCGAUAUGUUUUAAAUCGCUUCGACGUGUAAGAGCGGUUACUAUUAGGGUGUAUCUGUAGGCUAUUCUGCAACUUGAUAAUCCAGGAAAAUGACAGCUCGGAUGCUUCUUGUGAAGAGAUGUCUCAGUAGCGCAAAUGUUGCCUUCGCAAGACAGUUGCAUUGUUCACACCGCAAUUCUGCAGGUGUAAGGGCGCUCUACGAUGGGGAAUGCCCGGUAUGCGUAAAGGAGAUACAAAUGUUGCAGUUUCUGCAGAAGAAUCGUCGGGAGAAAGUGGAGUUUGUGGAUAUUUCACUUGAAGGUUAUGAUGAGGCCAAAUAUGGAGGGAUCAGCUACGAGAGGGCAAUGGAGGAGAUGCAUGUGAUUGAUGAAAAUGACCAGGUGCAUGUGGGCGUGCCAGCCUUCAAUGUGAUGUACAGUGCAGUGGGACUCGGCUGGCUGGGCUCCCUCAUAUCCCUCCCUCUCAUCCGGCCAGUGACGGACUGCGCAUAUGCCAUCUUUGCCAAGAAUCGCCUCCGCUGGACGGGUAGAGGAGACGAGUGCACCACUGGACGCUGUGAGAAGAAGAAGGUUUAAAGAGGAGAGAGACUGAGGAGGACUCAAGCAUUGGCAUGUAGCUGCUGGAGUGAAAUGGAAUUGAAAUUGAGACACUUCAGAGAACUGGGCUGAGACAGUUCAUCAAGUCAUUCACUGGUGUUGGAUUACACAGGAACCUCCAGCUAUACUGUUAAAUACACAGAGUUCUGUCCAAAGAUUCUAGAGAAGGGUCUCAGCGCUGUCUUUGGUUUUUGUCUAGCUUGAAUUGCUAUAGACCAGCAAUGCAAACACAAAUAUUCUGAUUGUGGUGUGAAUCCCAGUGUUCGAAAGUGAAAACUCUGCAACCAAUUUCAUCCUAACAGUUCUGCAUAAUCAAGAGCCCUUAGUACUUGUGUUCAAGCCCUCAACCAUCCUGUAGAAGAUGUGUUUCUUCCUGGCUCAAAAUGUUGGACAUACACCAAUACACAAUUUCUCCUGAACUUUUUGUGAGUUAUCAGAAAGUUCAAAAAUAUUUACACAAAUUUCAUCUAACCAGGUUUGAAUCAGCUUGAUUGAAAUGAAUAUUCAAGACAGAUUUACUACAGUAUAUUGGCUACUCAGUUGCUGUAUUCAAGUCAUAAUCAUGCCAGAAAUGGCUCAACUAAGAAUCACAUUAUCUGUCAAGAUCAAGAAUGAUCUGAUUUCUCAAACUCCGGAUCGGUUCGAUUUCAGCUCGACUACGUUAUAACACAUGACUUUUAAAACUGCCACUUCAGUGGUAAACCAUCUAAUAACAUACCCUGCAGUCCUAUUUUCCUUAAG